AUGCCUCCCCGCCGGGGAUCUCGCAAGGCGUGUGCCCUUUGCCACGAGCGAAAAAUCAAGUGCGAUGGGGCAGUACCAAGCUGUCGGAACUGUUUACGGGCACAAGCAAUUUGCGAGCCACAUGAGCGGCGCCGGCGUUUCACUGUUCGCACAUCGCAGCUGGAUCCAGGUCAACCUCCAGAGCCUUCAGUCACGCCCUUAGCAACGGCUGAAAGAUUAAGCUGGUUGGAGAAUGAACUCUCGCGAGUUUUGAACGUUGACGUCCGUGAGGUGAGCACUGGCACCGCACUCGACUCUCUUCCACGUUGGCAACAUAUUCUACGCGCUCAACAUCCUCCUCGUAUCCCUUCCGAACCCGUGCCUGCCCAACACGCGGGUAUUCGGCCCUCUGCGUUACAAAGCGAGGGCGAUGAACCACCUGAGGUGGAUCCGAACAUUUCUCUUUUGGCAUUUAAUGCUACCGGUGAAGCUCGGUAUUUGGGUGCAUCAAGUGGAUCAAUUUUCGCCCGAUUUAUUGCAAAUAUUGCUCAAUCCAUUCUACCACCAGGGCCUACGUUUCAUUCACACGUAUAUGACUCUCGGAAUAUUCAUCGACCUGUUGCUCCCUUCGAUUCCGCAAAUUGGAAAUCGUCAGCCACCUUUGCUUUUUUGUUACAAUGCUUUUCAAAAUGGGUCCACAGCUGCUAUCCUUUGUUCCUGUCUCGGGAUAUUUCAACACUUGAGUCCAUGAGCUAUUCAAGCAAACCCCCACCGGAAACCGGCGAUUUAACCAUCAUUUUCUAUCUUGUUAUGUCUAUAGGUGCUGUUCAUGCCGAACAACAGCACCUCUUGGAUCACUUCCAGGCAGAUACAGCUCUUCAGGAUUAUCAAAAUGACGCUUCAACUUAUGGAGUUUCAUCAGAGGCAUUAUACCGGAAAGCUGUUAGUCUGCUCGCUUCCGAACCAUCAAAACUAACUUCUCGUAUCUCUUUGGUGCAGAUUCUCAAUCUGAUUUCAAUCUACGCCUCUCAUCGUCCAUCUGACAAUGAACAGUGGCAUAUUGCGGGAAUGGCUAUGCGCAUAACAAUAGAGCUAGGUCUACAUCGACAUAAUGAUGCCUGGAAAUUUACCCUAGAUGAGCUUGAACUUAGGCGUCGAGUGUUCUGGACGACCUACGUCAUCGAGAUCACACUGGCGUUUAAUUUAGGUCGACCCGCUAGUAUUUCAUUUGAAGAUGCCGAUGCGCCUUUGCCUAGCAACUCAGAGGAAACAGCACUGGCAAUUCACCAUAUGAAGCAUCGGCAGAUUCAAGAGCAAAUGCUCUGUUUCGUUUACCGAAGCAGAUCUCACAAAGCAGCCGCAAUUUCAGAGCGCGAUGCGUCAGUGUCUGAUAUAGAAAUUCUUCAACAAAGGCUGGACGAAUGGCACCAGGAGUUGCAUGAACUGGAUCACCAGGCAGUGUCACCUUACCCCGUGGAGUAUUGGGAUCGACUAUAUUACUCAACAUCUGCCGCACUUUCUCGACCCACCCCUCUUGUCCCUCGACCAGGACCCAAGCUUCGGAAACGGUGUUUUCUAUCAUCAUGCCAGGUGAUUGAGAUACACGAAAAGCUUAUCCGAAAUUUCCGACUCCCCUACUCUUGGAUGUUGCUACAAGGUCUCGUAUUCUCAGCCAUCUCGAUGAUCGUCACAGCUAGGACGAGCUCUGCUGUACUUUCCAGAGAAUUCGGAAUGGACGAGUUUCUGGACAUUUUGACAAGAUGCGUGCGCAAGUUCCACGUUGUUCUGGCCGUAAUGAGGGAGAGAUGGACUGGUCUGGCCAUAAAACAUCUGGAAGAUUUGCUUGACAAGCUAUGCCAAGAUACCUUGAGACAUACAAUCAAGAUACUGGCCAAGCAAUCCUCUGGACAAGAUCCCUCUCUGCAGUCAUCGGCCCAUCUCGGUGUCAUCUCCGAGAAUAUGCCUACCUUCUCCCCGGGAGCAGGCGACGGCGAGAUGUCAGCUACACCUGUUUUAAACGAUGAGGACAUUUCCGGUAAUCUACUGGGCGAGGGAAUGUACCACGAAGCGAACAGUCUACUCCAGCCAGCUACCGACUCGUGGAUCUCGGAACUGGACUCGGGGGAAAAUUGGAGGAUUCUUGAUAAUCUCUUCGACCCGGGCGAACUGAGAACUUUUUUCGAUUUUUUCCCAAUCGAACCGUACACAUUAUAA